ACUGGUGAUUGUUAAUUUUUCUGUUCGAGUCGAUUUAGUUUAGUACCCACCGAUUACUUGUCGAGGUACCAACGGCUUAAGACCUCGAUGCGCGGCCGUUACUGUGAAUGUGAAGAAGCGAAAUAGUGUGAAGUAGGUUAGUGCCAUAGUGAAAUCAAUUAGGACUGAAAAUUGGUCCAAAGUUGGUGAUAUAAUAUGACCGUGUCCUAUGGAGGCUUGGUACCCAACGGCAGUACUUUCGGAUGUUUUUGGAGGGUUCUAGGAAUAUGGAGAGGAAGUGUGUACAAGCUGGUGUGGAGGGAACUGGUCGCCUACUUAUGUGUAUAUUAUUCAAUUAAUUUACUAUAUCGCUAUGGGUUGAACGAGCAGCAGCAGAGGAUCUUCGAACGAAUACGAAUGUACUUUGGACAACAAAGUGAGACCAUUCCCAUGUCUUUUGUUCUUGGGUUUUACGUAUCCCUCGUGGUGAAACGAUGGUGGGAACAAUACAAACUUCUACCAUGGCCGGACACUUUGGCCCUAUUCCUUAAUGCUGGUAUCCCUGGCGCGGGUGAGAGGCAAAGACUGAUGAGAAGAAACAUAGUUAGGUAUGCAGUAUUAGCUUACGUAGUGACCCUGAUGAGGGUCUCUCUAAGGGUUAAGAAACGGUUUCCUACAUGGCAACAUCUAGUCGACAGUGGCAUUAUGAUGGAGAGUGAGAAGAAAAUUUUCGAGUUAAUGGAUCAAAAAACGCCAAUGUCCAAGUAUUGGAUGCCCCUGGUAUGGGCGGCGAAUCUGAUCAACAGAGCAAGAAAAGAGGAACUAACAACGAGCGAUCAUAUAGUGCAGACGAUUUUGACCGAAUUAUCGGACAUUCGGCGCAGAUUGGGCGCUCUGAUUGGUUACGACACUGUUUCUGUCCCUCUCGUCUAUACCCAGGUGGUAUCUUUGGCGCUCUAUGUCUACUUUAUAGCGGCUUUAUUGGGGAGGCAAUUCGUGCCGUUUGCCCCGGGAGAUAUGCGGGGAAAGCUCGAGGAACCCGAUAUGUAUUUCCCGUUUUUCACCGCUCUGCAGUUUUGCUUCUACAUUGGAUGGCUCAAGGUGGCCGAAGUUCUGAUUAAUCCGUUUGGCGAAGACGAUGACGAUAUCGAACUGAACUGGUUGAUUGAUAGGCAUAUUAAGGCAGCCUAUAUAAUUGUGGACGAAAUGCAUGAAGAACAUCCAGAGCUGUUGAAGGAUCAGUAUUGGGAUGAUGUGGUUCCAAAGGAUAUUCCCUACACAAUCGGCUCGGAACAUUAUCGGAAAGAGGAACCGAAAGGUUCCGCCGAAAUGUACAAACCGAAGCCAGUCGAUGGACUUUACGCGAACAUUUUGCCCCAUGGACACGCUAAAAAGAGUAUAGUAGAUGAUAUGUAUGCCGACUAUGAAAGUGUGGAUACACCGAUAGUGGAGCGGAGGAAGAGCCAAAAUUGGUUUUCCCGGCAAAUAUCCAGAACGGGAAUGGGUUCGGUGCGAUCUGCCUCAACCGCCUACUCUUCUGGAGGCCUGUUUUCCCGACCAAGAGGCAACUCGGUUUACGCCAAUCCAGAGAACGGCCAACUCCACAUUCCGCAUCAGAAAAUGUCGAUCUAUGAUCGACUGGUGGGCAGACGAUCUGGCAGAAAUCAGAAAUUCAAGCCAAAUCAAAAGUUUGCCGGUACAUCUGCAAUGCACAUAAAGAACAGACCGAGGAUUCCUACGCCCGAUGUGACCAAGGAGGUGCUCGAACGGGAAAACCAAUUCCGCCAAGUUCCUUUGUCGACCAACAAUAAUAUUCCGGUGUCGUCGGCCAGCCUCACCCUGAUGCCCCAACAGUUGUCUGGAUAUCCAGGCUACAAUUCAAACGAUUUUCCAGUCGUUCAGGUCGUCUUGUCACCGAUUCAAGAGCUAGAUGGUAGUGGAUCUGUAAAUAAUACACUUCAUGCUCAUUCACCUGGCACCGCAGCUUUGGCACAAGCAGUGCUUUCACCCACUUUGGGGCCUUUAUUGACCUCGCCCGUUAGCGUUCCAAUGACCGUUUCACAACUCACUCAACUAGGGUUUAAUUCCGCACGCAACAGUCCUCUAUUUGCUCGCGCCCUCGAUGCUCAGAAUGUACAAAAUCCGACUUUUAUCCAGGCAUUCGAGCCGCAUCAUCCGGUCAGUCCGGUGGCGCCCCUCACUUUAACCGAGCUGACCAAUGAUUUGCAAGCACAUCUGGAUGUGGACCAUCAUGGAUCGUCUGGCGAUUCGGACUUUUCACAUCAGUCGAAGGACUCGAUUGGUUCGGGCGUGUCUACCAGUACAGCCUCAGUGACUUCGAAACGGUCGCUAGAGGCUCAGGGUGCCUUCGAUCAACCGCCCUCUUUAACAAUGAAUAUUAUGAGCGAGAAGGCGCCAGUCUUGCCAACGCUGUCGAACUCAUCCAAGCUGAGUACUGUGGAGGAGGCGGAGAAAGUGAGUGGACUUAGUCCGAGCGCUUCAGCUCCCAACUCACUGAACUCCUUGGGAGGAGCGCAGGGCGCAGAGACGCCGAAAGUGAGGAAAGUUUCCGUAACGCCUACAGCCUCCGCGCCGAAACGAGGUGAAGUUUAUGUGUGAUGAACUGCAGGUGGUUGAAGUGGAAUAAUCCAGGAAGCAGAAAUGUGAUUAUGCAAUAUUACAUGGAAUGAUUCAGUCCGAA